AUCGAGAAGGCCACCAAGAAGAAGGCCAAGGCCAGCGAGUCCGAGGAACCGCCCAAGGAAAAAAAGGCCAAGAAGGACAAGAAGCGAAACAAGAAAGACGGAAAGGAGAAGAAGGCCAAAAAGUCCAAGACAGAGAAGGCCUCGAGCGGUGCCAAGGACGCUGACUUUGCCAAGGGCGGAAAGUCCCAGAAAAAGACUGGCACCUGGCAGUACGUCGAGCACGAGGAGCUCAAGGCCAUGUCCGAGGCCAGCAUCCAAUCGUUCCUGGACGACAACAGCGUCACUCUCAUGGGUACGGGCGAGGGCAUCUACCGCCCGAUCAUCAAGUUCGCUCACGCCGGCUUCCCCAAAGAGCUUUCGUCAGAGCUGGAGGCCUUCCCCAAGCCCACGUGCAUCCAGUCGAUCGCCUGGCCCGGCGUGCUCUCUGGCCGCGAUCUUGUGGGCAUUGCGGCGACGGGAUCCGGAAAGACCAUCGCCUUUGCCCUGCCUUCCAUGAUUCACAUCCGCAACCGCCAGGUCUCCUCUGGAUCGGUCUUCCACGGCACCAAGUUCCCCCAGGUCCUUGUUCUCUCGCCCACCCGUGAGCUGGCUAUCCAGAUUCAGGAAACAUACGAAAAGUUUGGCGGGUCGAUCGGCAUCCGCAGCACCUGUGUCUAUGGAGGUGUCAACAAGUGGGAGCAAAAGAAGGUCCUUAACAACGGCGUGGGUGUCAUCGUUGCCACCCCCGGACGGCUCAUCGACCUGAUUGAAGACGAAGAUGGCAGCUGCGACCUUUCGGACGUCAGUUUCCUUGUCCUGGACGAGGCCGACCGAAUGUUGGAUCUGGGCUUUGAAGAGGCCAUCAAGAAAAUUGUGGCCAGAAUCAAGCCCAAGUCCGAGCGUCAGACGGUGAUGUUCAGCGCUACCUGGCCGUCGGCCAUCCAAAAGAUCGCCUCGCAGUACCUCAACGAGCCCAUCCGCGUCACCGUUGGCUCCACCGACCUCGCUGCGAACGUCAACAUUGAGCAGCGAGUGGAGGUUCUGGAUCCACAGGGCAAGGAUCGCCGCCUCGUGGACCUGCUGCGUGACUACCACAAGUCGAGAAAGAACCGUGUGCUUGUCUUUGCUCUGUACAAGAAAGAAGCCGCUCGUCUGGAGCAGUAUCUGCAGCGCCAGGGCUGGAAGGUCGCCAGCAUCCACGGCGAUCUGAGCCAGCAGCAACGCACCGACGCCAUCACCAAAUUCAAGGAUGGCUCCAUGCCCCUUCUCGUUGCCACAGACGUCGCUGCCCGCGGUAUCGACGUUAACGAUGUCGAGUAUGUCAUCAACUAUACCUACCCGCUGACCACCGAGGAGUACUGCCAUCGUAUCGGUCGCACUGGACGAGCCGGCAAGAAGGGCAUUGCACAUACCUUCUUUACAGUCCAGGACAAGGCCCACAGCGGUGCUCUGAUCAACGUGCUGAAACAAGCCAACCAGAAGGUCCCGGCUGAGCUCAUGAAGUUUGGAACCACAGUCAAGAAGAAGGCCGAUCCCAACUACGGUGCAUUCGUCAAGGACGUCGAUAUGAACGCCAAAGGCACCAAAAUUGUGUUUGGUGACGACGACUGAGCUCGUUUACCGCUCGUUGCGUUGUCUAUACACCGUACUCAUGAGCCAAUACACCGGCAGCCCGACCGACGCACUGGUUUGCAGCCAGCCGUCCAGCUAGCCAGCCCAGCCCAGCCCAGCACUCACGCUUCCAAUCGCCAUCGAGGACUGCACCCAUUUCCAUCCACGACUUUGCUGACCUGACAGUGAAAUACAAUAGACUCCGAUUCUUUUGA